AUGGCUGGAUCACAGUCCGGACGGCAACGGCAGAAUACUGAUCAACCAUCUCCUCAGGCUAGAAUUCAUACAACCAGAACCCGGAGGCCACCUUUCAGACGCCAGCAUCAACAUAAUCGGCAUCAACUACCGGAAGAAGAUCGCUUUGUAGAACUACGACGAUCAGCACGCAUAGCCAGACUUCACCAAGAGCAAUAUCGAGAACUACACAUUCAACAACAUCAACCAGCAUCUACAAUGGCAGACGUUGCACGCCGCACCUACGCCCGCAAUGACCACGGUCCUCGCAGUGUUGAAUCCCGCCGCAGCACCACCCGCUCAGAGCCAACUCAACACCGCCACACCACCACCACCUCCUCAACCUCCCCCUACACCCUCACCCUCACAACCUCCCCACCCACCUCUCUCUCCCCCUCCACCCCCUUCCCAACCCGCCUCCUGAUCACCACACCCCGCCCUUCACGCUCUCCACCCCUCCUGGCCGUAAUCUCCCUCAUUUCCCCCAGCGGCAUCCCUCUCCCCGCCGGCUCCCUCCUUUCCUCCACCCAAAAACUUAUGGAUAGCGUUAGUGAGCCCACACGUGCUGAUCUCGCUAUGCUGAGUCGCGGGCAAAGGGGAGAAGUGGUGGGUGCGGUUGGCUUUGAGGGCUUGUGCGUUAGAGAGCAGGGAGAGUAUAGAGUUAGGGUUACGUUAGCGAGGAUGGAGGGGGAGGGGUGGGAGGCCGUUGCUGAGGUUGAUAGUGGGGUGUUCAGGGUAGCAGGUAGAGAGGGUGUUAAUGGGGUUAAGCGUUGA